AUGUUUCUGUACAACAUCACCCUGCAGCGAGCCACGGGCAUCACUCAUGCCAUCCAUGGAAACUUCUCAGGAACCAAGAUGCAGGAGAUUGUCGUUUCCAGGGGAAAGAUCUUGGAAUUAUUGCGUCCAGAUGCCAACACAGGAAAGGUGCACACUCUGCUCACAGUGGAGGUAUUUGGCAUCGUUAGGUCCCUGAUGGCGUUCAGGCUCACAGGAGGAACCAAAGACUACAUUGUUGUUGGAAGUGACAGCGGUCGUAUUGUCAUCCUGGAAUAUCACCCAUCAAAAAACAUGUUUGAGAAGAUCCACCAGGAAACGUUUGGAAAGAGCGGCUGCCGGCGCAUUGUCCCCGGACAGUUCCUGGCUGUUGACCCAAAAGGCAGAGCUGUUAUGAUAGGAGCGAUAGAGAAACAGAAGCUGGUUUACAUUCUGAACAGAGAUGCAGCUGCAAGACUGACCAUCUCAUCUCCGCUGGAAGCCCAUAAAGCAAACACACUGGUCUACCAUGUAGUUGGAGUCGACGUCGGCUUUGAAAAUCCCAUGUUUGCCUGCCUUGAAAUGGACUACGAGGAAGCUGACAAUGACCCGACAGGAGAAGCUGCCGCCAACACGCAACAGACGCUCACCUUUUAUGAGCUGGACCUCGGCUUGAAUCACGUGGUCCGCAAGUACAGUGAGGCUCUGGAGGAGCAUGGAAAUUUCCUUAUCACUGUUCCUGGUGGUUCAGAUGGGCCCAGUGGAGUUCUGAUCUGCUCUGAAAACUACAUCACAUACAAGAAUUUUGGAGACCAGCCUGACAUUCGCUGUCCCAUCCCACGACGCAGGAAUGACCUUGAUGACCCGGAGCGGGGCAUGAUAUUUGUCUGCUCAGCCACCCACAAGACCAAGUCCAUGUUCUUCUUCCUGGCCCAGACUGAGCAGGGAGACAUUUUUAAGGUUACCCUGGAAACUGAUGAAGAAAUGGUCACAGAAAUCAGGCUGAAAUACUUUGACACGAUCCCUGUGGCAACAGCCAUGUGCGUCCUGAAGACUGGCUUCUUGUUUGUGUCUUCUGAGUUUGGAAACCAUUACCUUUACCAGAUCGCCCAUUUGGGUGAUGAUGACGAGGAGCCUGAGUUCUCCUCUGCAAUGCCGCUGGAAGAGGGAGACACCUUCUUCUUCCAACCCCGUCCCCUCAAGAACCUUGUGCUGGUGGACGAACAGGAGAACUUAUCACCCAUCAUGUCCUGUCAGAUUGCUGAUUUGGCCAAUGAAGAUACACCACAGUUGUAUGUCGCCUGUGGACGAGGACCGCGGUCUACUUUGAGGGUUCUUAGACAUGGAUUGGAGGUUUCAGAGAUGGCUGUGUCUGAGCUGCCCGGUAACCCUAACGCUGUGUGGACAGUACGCAGACAUGUAGAAGAUGAGUUUGAUGCCUACAUCAUUGUAUCAUUCGUGAACGCCACCCUGGUCCUGUCCAUCGGGGAGACUGUAGAGGAAGUGACAGAUUCUGGAUUUCUGGGCACAACACCUACUCUCUCCUGCUCACUGCUUGGAGAAGAUGCCCUGGUGCAGGUGUACCCAGAUGGCAUCCGCCACAUUCGAGCAGACAAGCGUGUGAAUGAGUGGAAGACUCCUGGCAAAAAAACCAUCGUCCGCUGCGCUGUGAACCAGCGACAGGUUGUUAUUGCGCUGACUGGAGGGGAGCUGGUCUACUUUGAGAUGGACCCGUCUGGCCAGCUGAAUGAGUACACAGAGCGCAAGGAGAUGUCUGCUGAUGUGGUUUGUAUGAGCCUGGCUAACGUUCCACCUGGUGAGCAGCGCUCGAGAUUCCUGGCCGUGGGACUGGUUGACAACACUGUCCGAAUCAUCUCCCUGGACCCUACGGACUGCCUACAGCCGCUGAGCAUGCAGGCUCUUCCAGCCCAGCCAGAGAGUCUUUGUAUUGUUGAGAUGGGAGGGGUCGAGAAACAGGAUGAACUUGGAGAGAAGGGAACCAUCGGCUUCCUCUACCUCAACAUAGGGUUACAGAACGGUGUGCUGCUUAGGACUGUGCUGGACCAAGUAUCAGGGGACCUGUCAGAUACCAGAACACGCUACCUGGGGUCACGACCUGUUAAACUCUUCAGAGUCAGGAUGCAGGGACAGGAAGCUGUGUUGGCAAUGUCCAGUCGCUCCUGGCUCAGCUACUCGUACCAGUCUCGCUUCCAUCUGACGCCCCUGUCAUAUGAGACUCUGGAGUACGCCUCUGGCUUUGCCUCAGAGCAAUGCCCUGAAGGCAUAGUGGCCAUUUCUACCAACACACUGAGAAUCUUGGCUUUGGAGAAAUUAGGAGCCGUCUUCAACCAGGUGGCCUUUCCUCUGCAGUACACUCCCAGGAAAUUUGUAAUCCACCCGGAGACCAACAACCUCAUCGUGAUCGAGACUGACCACAAUGCCUACACUGAAGCAACCAAAGCUCAACGAAAGCAACAAAUGGCUGAGGAGAUGGUGGAGGCUGCUGGCGAGGAUGAACGAGAACUGGCUGCUGAGAUGGCUGCUGCCUUCCUCAACGAGAAUCUCUCUGAAGCCAUUUUUGGUUCACCUAAAGCUGGAGCAGGACAGUGGGCCUCGCUGGUGCGUCUCGUCAACCCCAUACAGGGUUCAACACUGGACCAGGUGCAGCUGGAACAGAACGAAGCUGCAUUCAGUGUUGCAGUGUGUCGUUUCCCCAACACUGGAGAUGAUUGGUAUGUUCUUGUGGGUGUCGCCAGAGACAUGAUUCUCAACCCCAGAUCAGUGAGUGGUGGCUUUAUCUACACCUAUCGUCUAACCAGUGGAGGGGAGAAGCUGGAGUUUGUGCACAAGACACCUGUAGAGGAUGUGCCUUUGGCCAUUGCUCCAUUCCAGGGACGAGUCCUGGUGGGAGUUGGGAAACUGCUGAGAAUCUACGACCUGGGCAAAAAAAAGCUGCUUCGCAAGUGUGAAAACAAGCAUGUUCCCAACCUGGUGACUGGCAUCCAUACCAUCGGCCAGCGUGUGAUCGUGACUGACGUUCAAGAGAGCCUGUUCUGGGUUCGUUACAGACGCAACGAGAACCAGCUCAUCAUCUUUGCUGAUGACACACACCCCCGCUGGGUGACCACAGCUUGUCUGCUCGACUACGACACCAUGGCCUCUGCUGACAAGUUUGGGAACAUCAGCAUUGUGCGUCUUCCCCCCAACACCAGCGACGAUGUGGAUGAAGACCCAACAGGGAACAAAGCGUUAUGGGACAGAGGCCUCCUUAAUGGAGCAUCACAGAAGGCUGAGGUGGUAGUGAACUACCAUGUAGGUGAGACGGUGUUGUCUCUCCAGAAAACCACUCUGAUCCCUGGAGGUUCAGAGUCUCUGGUCUACACCACUCUGUCUGGAGGCAUCGGCAUCCUGGUCCCAUUCACCUCGCAUGAGGACCACGACUUCUUCCAGCAUUUAGAGAUGCAUAUGCGCUCUGAGUUCCCUCCACUGUGCGGCAGAGACCAUCUCAGCUUUAGAUCCUACUACUUCCCAGUCAAGAAUGUGAUAGACGGAGAUCUGUGUGAGCAGUUCAACAGUAUGGACCCUCACAAGCAGAAAAGUGUGGCAGAAGAGCUGGAUAGAACCCCACCCGAGGUCUCAAAGAAACUGGAGGACAUUCGCACACGCUAUGCCUUUUAAUUGUACAUCUUCAUACAGCUGGGGUGGACAGAGACACACUCACUAGAACCAUCACGCACACAAAUCCUGCUGUGCCCCUUUCAGGACACAGACUGACGGACACUUGUAGGUUGUUAUACGGUGAACAUACCACAAGAUAUCACAUGCUUGUAAUUUCCGUACAUUGUUCAAUUAUGAUGCAACUCAUCCUUGCCAACACAUGCCUGUAUUCGAAGUGCAUAAACAAUUACCCACAUAGCUGUGUGAACAGUAUUGCUAUCAUCCCCCCACAUACAUACAUACAUACUGACUCAGUUACUGUUUUUCACACCUCCCCGGUGCUUUUGUCAGCAGAAACAUCACACAUACAGCGACACAGACAGUUUCACGGAAACAUGACAGGAGGCCUCAACCAGCAGCUUUCUAACAUUGCAAGAUUGUGUUGCCACAUUGAACUCCUUUUACCCGUACAUCUGUGUGAACCACAUUCUCACACACAGCGGUAAUGAGCGUCAUUCAAACACACACACAGCUGUGUGAACAGAAUUUCCAUGCUCCCGAUUACGUGAAGAGCAACCGCAUCGUCAUCUGCACCCUCAGAGUACGUACAUACAUACUGGACCAAAUCAUAUGUCAUCUGUGAGCAAGUGAAUGCAUUUGAUUCAAAGGCUUAUGAUCUCGGGCCAAGCAGAAAAGUCUAGUUAUGGACACAAUGUGUAGAGAUGACUGUUGCCUGGACAGAAGACCCCUAAAGCUGAAAAUAUUUUUAGUGUCCGUUAUUUAGCAAGACGGUGUUUUUGUGUCUAUCUUUGAUCUCAGCAAAAUGAAACAUGUUUUUGUAUGGUGUGGUUAUUUUAAUGUGUAUUAAUUAGGAUAAUCUGUUAUGAUGCAAAUACCACAUUCCCAGAUGGUGGUAUUAAAACUUUGUUAGCCCCUCGCCCUACCUGUCUGUCUGAUAACAUGUUGGCCCCAGGCUCAUUAAAGCAUAUUGCUUACUCGCAACUGGGAACCAAACAGAAGCCGAACCGCUGACCCAGUCUGAGCCUCAGGCCCCACGGCUCAACACUUGUUGUUGCUAUACUGUGGCACUGAGCAACGGCUGAACUCUAAAGACUAAAUAAGUGGGUGGAAGAACACUGAAGUUUGCACUGGGUGGUGUUCUUCUCAGUCCUGUAAAUCCCCAACCUUAGCCACAGGCAGACAUAGCAUUCCUCAGUAGUCACUGAAUUUAGGGGUUUGUGGGAUGGGGGCAGUGGUCUGUUUUUGUAAAUAAAGUUGUUGUUUUUUGUGCUUUAUAAAA